UAACAUGGUGGACAAGAUCGGAGAWCAUUCGGUGUCGCACCUGCUGCGAGUAGCGCAGGRUGUUGUCGAGAAAAAGACGGAGGGUAGUGUUCUCCUCGACCAGAAUGCGGAGAAAAGGAUUCCGAAAUUCCAAUUGAAAGGUAUGACACUUUGAUUGAGUUGGUCCUUWCACUAUUUUUCKCUUGUUGCUUUCUGCACGUACUCAAUAUUGAAUUGAUUCCUUUAUUGCUGGGCCUUGUAAUUCCGGUGAAUGCAAGAAUUGAGUUUGGGACGUGUAUUGGGUCGAGGCGGAUUUUGUGUUGUCAACGAGGUGACAAACAUUACUCUCCUAGAUGACGAUUUGCAACAACCAAGCGUGGAAAUGGGCAUUGAUGAAAAUUCGAUUCAUAACAUCGUACAGGAUCGGUCUUUUAUGGCCAGACAUACUAUCCGACAGGGAAAGGAUUAUCGAUAUGCCAUCAAAAGAGUCCAAGAUAAGUCCAAAACGGAUGCGCAGCACUAUGUCAAUUCGGUGGUCGACCUGGCAACGGAAGCUCGCUUUCUUGCCGUUAUUCGACAUGCAAAUAUHAUUAAAAUGAGGGCUAUGGAUGAUGGCAGUUUUUAUACCGAUGGAUUUUUUGUUGUGCUGGACAGGUUGUAUGACAUCAUGCCAACACGAUUGAAGAAAUGGAAGAAGAAAGAGGGUGGAACACUCAAGAAGGCCUUUAAAUCGAAGGAUACGAAAAAACUUUUCUGGGUGGAGCGUUUGACUGUAGCAUAUGAUCUCGCUUGUGCACUGAGUUACUUGCAUGGUAUGAGGUACGUAAGGUUUUGCUCCAUCRCCACAGAAAUGAAUGAUGCAUGACAURUKAUGGGGCAAGAGAUAGAAACACUGUCGGGCACUACUUGYUAUAYACUAAUUUUCAUUAUUUUCCUCUUUGUUAUCCGUCAGCGUCAUCUAUCGCGAUCUGAAACCGGUACGUGAAAAUUAUAUCGAAUACACAAAAUGUCUUCACCAUUGUUUCCCUGAAGAAAAUUGUGCUUCUCUCAAAAUAUUCUCUGCUUUGUUUUUGAACUCAAAAUUCUCUGUGAUAGGAUAACAUUGGCUUCGAUGUUCGAGGUGAUGUCAAAAUAUUUGAUUUUGGCCUUGCCAAAGAGAUUGACCCACGAACUAGGCUCGAGGAUGGGACGUACAAACUUACUGGUGAUACAGGAUCUCCGCGAUAGUAAGUAAUUUUUUAGAAUUUUUCACUGGACGGAAGAUUAUGUCUAAUAKAUGUUCUUCUACGACUCGCUAUACUGUGGCACCAAUUUGAUUAGCAUGGCACCCGAAGUUUUCUUGUCAAAAACAUACAAUGAGACUGCAGACACCUACUCUUUUUGCGUUCUAUGUUGGCAAAUCAUGGCAAUCGAAACACCAUAUGACCAUAUUAAAACUAAUAGUAUGCUGAAAAAGUCCGUUGUUGAAGGUGGAGCACGGCCAAAGACAAGAGAGGUUUGGGGUCCCGAAAUGUGCAGCAUGCUCUGUGACGGCUUUGAGGACACMACAAACAGACCGUCUAUGGCCGAUAUUUGCGAACGAUUGCGUAAAGAAAUCAGUAGGCUUUCCGAUGAAGAUGUUGACGUAUAUCUAGACGAAUCUCGGAGAAGUCGYCUGUCCAACGCCGAUUGAAUGAGUGGAAACUUGUCCCUUUGCUCAAACACUGUAUGUGUUGCUUUUGCACAGAUAUUGCAUUGAAACUCCCUGGCUGAAGACCCCCGUUGCWARACAAGGUGAAACAUCACUCCACAGRCUAGUUUGUACUKACUUCGUMAAUUAAUUAUUCUAUUGUAA